CAAUUAUCGGGACCACAGCGCAAGUUUGCAAAGUGAUCAUGAACAACGUCCUGGCGUCCAUAGUCCAAGAAGAUGGAGUGAGUGGAGUGGUCUGGAAUGACGCGCAAGGGCUUCUUCUUGGAGCGCAUGGGGACUUUGAAGACGCGCGAUUCGGUUUGGGAGCGCUGAACACUUUGGUGGCGCGGGCGAACGCGUUGAACACGUCUGACGAGAAGGACGUGGCUCCCGUCGUGCGGAUCGAAACCACGAAGCGCAUCGUGGUGGUGCAACAGCAGAAGGACAGCACGGUAUUGGCCGUGUCGACGUCGAAACCAAUCUCGUCCACAGAAUAACACGAUAUACAACGGACAAGUGCAACGAAC